ACAAAUGAUAAUAGAAAACAAGGAUAUGCAGCAACAAUGCAACAUGAUAAUCUGUUAGAAGACCCUACCCUGUUAGAUAUUCUUGAUCUUCUGAUAGACCAAACCCAAGUUCAACUAUCUUGA